CUUCGAACGAAUUUAGGGUUUCCCUAUAAAUAACACUCUCUUUCGCUCUCUCCCCACGACGCAGAUCGACCUCUCUGGUUCCUCCGAAAGCACUCGAGCCGACCGAGCCAAGAAGGGGCAGACGGAGAGAGAUGGCGACGGUGCCGGGACAGCUGAUUUGGGAGAUAGUGAAGAAGAACAACUCGUUCCUGGUGAAGGAGUUCGGGCGAGGGAACGCCAGCGUCCAGUUCAGCAAAGAGCCCAACAAUCUCUUCAACCUCAACUCCUACAAGCACUCCGGGUUGGCCAACAAGAAGACAGUCACUGUUCAACCAGUGGGUAAGGAGCCAUUUGUGUUACUUGGCACCACCAAGACCAAUAAGCAGAAUAAACCAGCAGCUUUGCUUCACAAGUCUGUCAUGAAGAAGGAGUUCCAGAGAAUGGCCAAGGCUGUCGCCAACCAGGUGGGAGAUAACUACUACCGCCCUGAUCUGAAGCAUGCGGCACUCUCGAGGUUGAGCGCUGUGCAUAGAAGCCUCAAGGUUGCAAAAUCCGGUGUCAAGAAGAGGAACAGGCAGGCUGUUAAAAUCCGUGGCAGGAAGUGAGUUUUGAUGGAAUCAGAGUCCACUUUUGGUUUGGAGUCUUUCAAGAAAUGGUUUCGUUUGCUGCCUUUUUUUCCUUGAACUUCUUAUGAAAAUGUAUUUUUUAUCGAGACAUCAUCGACACAGGUUAGCUGAAGAGGAACUUAGUAUUUUUGGAUCAA